GCAAUUUGUUCAAUUGAAUCCGAAAUAGCAGAUCUUCUAUCCAAAUCUCUGUGUAGAAGCUCUGUAUUAAAUCUGCGGAUACGAACACAGCAUGGCUGCAGUAAAAUCUAAGAAGAGCGUGUUCAUCACAGGAUGCACUCCCGGAGGCAUUGGAUACGCGCUGGCAAAGGAGUUCCAUUCGAGAGGCCUCCAUGUCAUUGCAACAGCACGGAAUAAAGAUGCCCUCAAGGAUCUUGAGGCCAUGGGCAUGAGCACGCUGAGUCUGGAUGUCACAAACGCAGAAGAUAUUGAGAAUGCGAGGAAAGAGGUGGAGGCGUUGACUGGUGGGAGGCUGGAUAUACUGGUUAAUAAUGCAGGAAGGAAUUACACUAUGCCCGCCACAGACGUAGAUGUAGACGAAGCGCGCAAGACUUUCGAAACGAACUUCUUCGCUAUAGUCGCAAUCACGCAAGCCUUCACACCUCUCCUCAUCGCUGCCAAAGGAUUGAUCCUCAAUAUCGGCUCUCUGGCUGCAAUUAUUCCUUACGUCUUCGGCUCAAUAUACAACGCUUCGAAAGCAGCUCUGCACUCAUAUUCCCAGACCCUGAGAUUGGAAUUAGAGCCGUACGAUGUCAGGGUCCUGGUUGUGGUGACAGGAGGUGUGAAGAGCAAUAUCGCUAGGACGGAGAGGAUUCUGCCGGACAAUAGUUUAUACUUGGAGAUUAAGGGGAACUUUGGGAGGCGGGUGACGCAUAGUCAGCAGGGGGCGAUGGCUACGGAGGUUUAUGCCAGGGGAGUUGUGGAGGAGGCACUGAAGCCGGUCUGGAGACAGAGGAAGUGGCUUUGGAGGGGUCACAUGACGCUGGCGGUGUGGUUUGCGAGUCGAGUGCUUGGAGCAUGGAUUUUCGAUCUUGUUCUGCCGAGGAUGUUUGGUUUGAAUAGGUUGAAGUGGUUGCUUAGGUCGAAGAGGGCGGCGUGAACUUUGGGCUUUGACGUGCUGGCGUAUUGCGCUGCAUAUUGGGCGUUUUGAGAAAGGAGCAUUGUUUUUUUGCGAACUUCACGGGGAAUAAAAAUCUGGAAGGGCUCCGUACUUGGCAUGGGCAAUCGAGAUGACAGUUUUGACAGUCCUUUAGCAGCUUGAAUGGGGGGGGGGUCUAUUACUAUUAUGCC